AUGGACGGGUUUCAGGCGUAUGGAGCCGGAAAGUCGGGAGGAACCUUCGACCCCCAAACCUUCAUUAGACAACCGCAGACCCUGAUCAGGAUCCUCUGCUGGGUGUUCUCCAUCGUGGUUCUGGGCUGCGUGGCUAAUGAGGGUUACCUGAACCGGCCUGACGAGGUAGAGGAGUUCUGCAUCUUCAACCGCAACAACAAUGCCUGUAACUACGCCGUUACCAUAGGAACGCUCUGCUUCCUGUGCAGCAGCAGCUUCCUGGCGCUGGACAUCUACUUCCCCCAGAUCAGCGGUGUGAAGGACAGGAAGAAGGCCGUCAUUGCUGACAUCGGGGUGUCAGCCUUCUGGUCCCUGCUGUGGUUCGUGGGGUUCUGCUUCAUAGCCAAUCAGUGGCAAGUUUCCAAAGAGGAGGACAACCCUCUGCAGGAAGGAGCCACCGCCGCCAGGGCCACCAUCGCCUUCUCCUUCUUCUCUGUGUUGACCUGGGCGGUGCAGUGCCUGCUCGCCGUCUACAGGUGGAAACUCGGCUCCGACUCCGUCACCUUCAACCAGGACUACAUCGACCCCGCCCAGCCGGAAGUCACACAGGAAGUCCCGCCCACUGAGGAGUGGAGCGUCGGGGCUUAG